UUUUGAAAUCAUAAAAAGGUUUGAAAUCUUAUAAAGGUAAUUUACAAACUUGCGUCAACGUGUUCAAUAUUUUACGACUGGAAGGAUAAUUUGGUAUGCAUUGGUCUCUCUCGUGUCAACAACAAAUUUACCCUUCUAUAUUCAUUAGCUUCUUAAUGAGAAAUGGUGAGACACUUAGCUCAAACUCUCAUUGUCUGACAUUCUUAGUUCCUGCAGUAGAUCGGACAUUGUGGUAUUUGGAAAUCCUUAAUAUUUAAAGGAACGUACAAUCAGCAUUAAAAUUCAAACGACGACUGUCUUCACUUGUUAACAUAUCACAAUGGAUACAGGACGGCUAGGGGAAGUCCGUCGCCAUGAAAACAGCAACAGAAAAUUUAUGUGCAUCUUGAAUCACAUGAUCAAAUCCCGCUGGGAGACGGUUAACGAUAGUCUGACCCGAGAAAGAAACGAGGCAGACCAUAGACUGGACAAGGCCGGGACACUAUGGCGCCGGAAGUACGUCCAACAGAGGGUUCUACAGCAGUGUAUGAAGAUGAGGAAGGAGAAUCUGACAAACAGCAGCGCCGCCAGACGGUUCGGAUGUUAUGGCGGGAAACCUUUGUUUGCAUUUUCCCGGGACAUUGACAGGUUCAUAUCAGAUAAUCAUCCGAAGAAAAGGCGGCAACGUAAGGUAAAGCAGGCGCUUCUGGAAAGCAUUGAACGGGGCCAUAUCAUAGACCCCGAGGAGAUUCCGAAAAGGGUGGAAAAUUACUUUAGCCACUGGAAGGUGAAAGAAGAGUCGUCCAGAAAAUCCAACAUACUUCCGGAAAUGGAAAGAGGAGCAGGAGGAGGAAAGACAUUCAAAAACACGGUGAUUCCUCCAAUCAGAGGACUUGUUAACAACUUCCACAAAUUCACGCUGGAUGACGCAGAUCCCGAAGUUCAGAGUGAAGACAAGGAAACUCGGAGUGAAAAACCAAAUGUGAUUUUGAUUCAAAAGGACAACACUGAUUCAAAGAAAUUGGUGGAAAAUAAAAGUGAAAAUCGCAGAGUUUUAAAGCUACCUCCCGUGCAAACUUCUAAAGCGAUGGUUACAAUGUCAAAGACGUGAAAUUGUGGGUACAGAACUCAGCAAUCGAAUUUAUGUGUAUCAGUUUAUUGUUAAUUUAAUGCUUCUUAUACUAGAGCAUUGAAGUAAAUGUUUUUAUGGAUAUAUCACAAAUUUCCUGUUUAACUCUUUUGGUGGUGCUACAUGUAUUGUUAAGACAUAAAGUAAAACUGCCUACCUGGCGACAAUGUAUAUGCAUUUUAAUCAUUUUAUCAUUGUGCCAAUUCAUUAAAAUAGUUAUUGAUA